AUGGAGCGAGCUGCUGGCAUGACGAAACAACCGACGGCGACACUGUCCCGCCCAUCAUCCGUCACCUCUACCAACGCCACGUCGACCUCGACCAACAAAACCCGCCAAUACGCCCAUCUACAUGCGCAACUGGCCCAACUCAAUGCCCACUUGGCGGACACGGAGAACCUGGUCAGAAUGACGGCCGUGCAGGCGCAAGAUAUGCGGUUCUUGGGCGGAUAUAUUGGCGCCUUGUUUAUGGGGAGUGCGAAAGUUCUAGGGGAGGAAAGUGUUCAGGGAAGAGGACGUGGUCAAGGACAGGGACCAGAACAGAGACGGGAGAAGUGA